UCCCAAAGGUGGAGCAUAUUCUUUAAAAUUAUGAGAAGAACUUGAUUGUACCAUUCAAUACCUAUCAAAAUAUUCAAAACCUGCAAAACGUCCCGAUACUUUUACAUUAAAAUCAGCUACAUUAAAUCGAUAAAAUGACGAACGUUCGACAAAAAUAAAUGUAAUGGAAACUUUUCCGAAGCUUUAAAGAUUCAAAAAUAUUUCUAAACUGGUCUGACUUUAACAACACGUUAGCCGAUAAUAACAUUUCCGUGUCAGAUAUAUAUUAUUUGCCAUUUAUAAAUAACCCACCAACAAGCUAUGAUACGUAUCUAUUAUUGUUUUAGGUGUCUGUAUCAAUUAAACAUUUGGUACAAUAGCCACAUUCCAAAUAUGCCACUAGAAGAUCCGACUCUAUACGGAUGGACAUUAGAAGAAAAUAUUUGGAAAGCCAAUUUUUCUUCUCAAGAACCAGUGCCCGAUAAUGUAAGAACAAUUUUGUCUAUACGAUGUUCAGACAAAAAUUGCAACAAUAAUAAGUGUACCUGCAUUUCACAAGGGUUAAAAUGCUGCAUUGACUGCAAAUAUACAAACUGCUGUAACAGCCUAACCAAUGAAAUUUUAUCAGACUGCGAAGAUGAAGACUUUUAAAAUAUGUUUUUUGUUAUUUAGUUUAAUUAGUUUCAUAAUUUUUUGUUUACUGUUUUUGCGAUUUUUUUUAGAGACUACUGAGUUUUUUUGUUUUUGUUUGGUCAGAUGUACCUAUUAAGUAAUGUCAAAUUAAUAAUGGUCAAUAUAAAUAUCUUUAAGUUUCUAUAAAAAGAGUUUAUUCGUGCGAUGAAGAUAAU